UACAUUUGAAAUUCUUCUUCUUUUGUUGUUAUUCCUCGAGCAUUAUAUUCUGUGGUCCCAAAUUUAUAUACCAAUGUUCGAUAGGUUUGCUUAUCAUUCUUGUCCUGACUUCCAACGGAGAACCUAGUCUGUUGUUAAGUGACGGUUAAUUUGGUUUUACUCUAGUGACUGCUAAAACUGUUAUUACCAGUGCUGAAACAUUUGUUUGCCACAGUCCUGUAUAUCAACACAAAUCCUGCCACUAUGAUUGCUGAUGAAGAAUAUUUAGAUGAUAAUGUGGCUCAAACUAUUAUGAAAAGCAUAAGGAAUGCCAUGAAAUGCUGCUGUUGUGGAAAGACCAUGGAACUACCAAUAUGGACUUGUUUGUCUGGCCACAAUAUAUGUUCCAAAUGCACUAAAUCGAACGAAGUAUGUCCGCAAUGUUUCGGUAAUACCAAGGAACGUUUGAGGAAUUUCGAAUUAGAAAAAAUCUAUAAUAUCUGCAUAGGUAAAAAUAUACUUAGAGCACCCUGUUCAAAUGAAUCUAGACCGCAAACAUUAGCUGGAGGAAACCAUAUAAAGGACACAGACACAUUUGAUUUAUUGAAACAAUAAUUUCCUGGAUGAAUAAUCUCCAGAAACGCUGAUGUCAAUUGGCAACCAAGAUCAUGUGAUUUGACACCGUUGGACUUUUUUCUUUGGGGGUUAUGUGAGAAGCCAGGUCUAUAAGAAUAAUCCACAAUCGAUUCCUGAACUAAAGAAUAAAAUAAUUCGUGUCAUAAGUGAGUUAGAGCCUUGAUUAUGUCAAAAUUUCAUUGAAAAUUUAAACAAAGGAGUAGACGUCCGUAGAGCUGCAAGAGGAGGCCAUUUGGCAGCUUUAUUUUCCGUACAUAAAUGUCAUAACUGAUACUUCAAUUACCAAUAAACAUUUCUGGAAAACGAUUGCAAAUUAU